AUGGGUUGUUGCUAAAAUUUUCAUUUACAGGAAAAGCAAGCCAUUGUAAUCCCACAACUAAGUAUCAAAUAAGAAUUCUCCCCAAAAAAAUUAUAAAUGGAGCCUUUUUCUUUAAAUUUAAUAAAAGGAGAUAUUGAUGGGAUAGAGAGGUUAGGAAGCACAUGUGUCGAUAAUAUUUUAGGUGAAAAAUAGCACAGCAAAUUGGAUAAAUAGUUCAGUGGGUAGAUAGAAGAAGAAGUCAUUAUUGAUUUAAGAUAGGCUCCAAGCCCAACUUAACUAAUCAAGGAUCGAAGCAGUAGAAAUCUAAACAAUAAAUUUAUUGGAAUGCUAUGA